GUGCGCUGUGUCCUUCGGACACAGCGGAUCACCGAUUACAGAAAGAGCCGAAGAUGUCAGCUCGGUCAUGUGAUCAGCUGUGUCCAAUCACAGCUGAUCACAUGGGACAUGUACACUGAUCAUCAGGGCACUGAUGAUCAGUGUGCCCUGAUGAUCAGUGUAGCCCCAGCAGUGCCACCUGUCAGUGUCCAUCAGUGCCUUAUGUCAGUGCUCAUCAGUGCCUCGUGCCCGUGCCCAUCAGUGACAUAUCAGUGCCUACCAGUGCACAUCAAUGCCACAUAUCAGUGCCCAUCUGAGCUGCCUUUCAGUGUCACCCAUCAGUGCCACCUAUCAGUGCUGUCUAUCAGUGCCCCUGUCAGUGCCGCCUAUCAGUGCCAUGUAUCAGUGCUGCCUUUCAGUGCCCAUCAAUGAUGCCUGUCAAUGCCCAUCAGUGCAGCCUAUCAGUGCAGCCUCAUUAGCGCACAUCCGUGAAG